AGGAACAUCUUUACGGCGAGAGGAAGCCUCAUAGAUAUGACCCAUGUAGUUCUGUGACAAUUGAACAAGCCCUGAUCAUUUAUGAUGCGAGUACGCCCAUUGGAGCCUCUUACAGGGCUGCAGCAGUACUUGCGGCUUCGCUCAGGCCUGCGCAGCUUGGCCUUGAGAAGGAAAGGUAACCGAGACAGAGACAUGGAGGGAAAAGGACACGACAUUUUAUGAAUGAAAAUUCUUUUCAGUCUUUUUUGGACUCUCCUCACGCUAGAAUUUGGUGAUAUGGAAGCUAGGAAAAACACGUCUUGUCACUGUAAGUGUAAGGAUGACAACAAGGACGAGUGACAGACUCCAUCAAUUGAGAUGACAUGACCACUUAUGCGCUUUUCUAUACGAGGUGGCAUCAAACAACCUAAGAACCCCACGCGUACUCGCUCUAAAAGUGUUGCGAGAGACGACAAAACGAGAGGUGCUGCUGGACAACAUAGCCAGGUCAAGAGAGCUCAGCGACAAUCUGGUGGCGCCUAUUCUCUUUAUGCCACUACAACCGAUUCUUGAGAACGAUCGCACCAACGUUUCUUCUGAAAUAGACGGGUGCAGAACGUCGCUCCACCAUACUCUCAGCAGUAGGCCUUCAUAGGGUAAGAAGCGACGUUCGUGAGGCAACGUUCUCAAUGAGUGUAGGGCCGUUCAUUUUGGCAGACGUUGUGGAAUUUGCGACGCCUCAAGCUGCUCUAAGCAUAGUGGAGCAGUGGCUCGGACCGAGCUCUGUGUUUUUAUGUGCGAUAUGGAACUAAGUAGGUUAUCGGUUCUUUGCCGCGUCUCUACUCGGGUCGCAACGGAAUCAGGCAGCGAUAGCUGUUACGUGGUUCGCAAAUGAAUGAAUGAAUAGGUUAGAAUAGUUGGCACAAGUAGAAGAAGGUAUGAGCAAGGGCGAGUAGCUUUUGGGGGCAUAAGCAUUUUUAUCAUCGUCGUUAUCAUUUUCAUCGCAGCUAUUAAGCACGAGGAGAAUACAACUUCUUAUUCUGUGCGAUAUAGAACUAGUUAGUUAGAGAAAGGUAUGAGAUGACAAAACAACUUUUUAUAUGCUGUACCCCGUCUUCAUCUUCUAAGUUCCGACCACUUUUUUCGAAGUUUUUCCGUUGACGAAGUGCGACUUGGGGUAGUAGGACGCUUGGCGAAUGUCGCAGCAAGAUUGUAUGUCUCCAUUUCCGACGCCGACACUAGACGCCAGCGGAACGUCGAGGUUGAUUCCAUAUGGACGAGGCCGAAAGCAGGAGGAGGCCAACGCGGCAACGUCGAUGUUGCUUCGACAUUGACAGGGCCCAAAAAAGCUAGCGCGACUGCUACCGAACAGGGAGAUCCACCUAGUCCCCCAAUAGAGACCACAAGAAUAACAUGUUGUUGCAGCGAAUUGGUUCAACGAUGUUGCGAUUUUCUCGUAACCACAUUUCUGGCCGAAGAAUCCCGCUCUCUUGCUGGUGAAAAAGAAAGGGGCAAAAGUGAGCCUGGAGGUGGAGAUGUUGGCUCACCUUGUAGAAGACGAUUAGACUUCUUGACAGAAUUUGCCUUGUGCAGUAAUGCAGCGCGUAAAAUACCUACGGUCAGACUGGAUGAGCCAUUCCUUGAAGCGGUUGGCACUCUUCUGGAGGAACCACAUUCAGGAGGAGCUGGCGCAAGCCCUAGAGUUUUCGCCAUGUUGCUAGACGGCUUACAAGAUUAUCAUGGGAUGGGGGAUGGGGCGUGCAAGAAAUUGUUCUUGAUGGGCACGAGUAGUCUGCAGAAGCAGCAGGCAGUGCAUGGGACUUCCGAAUCCUGGGGUAUGGAAGAAACAUGUGCCUGUUGCAACGUGGCAGCGAAAAUGAAGUUAUGGUCAACAUUUAGUGUCCAUCUUCCUCGGCAUCUCCGUACCCUUUUCCCUUGUAUUAUUCCUAUGAAAUGAUACAAGGGUAGUAAAGGGGCCAAGAUGAGGGGGCCGGGAUGCAAUCUAGCAGACUCUAACGAAGGAGUCAAAAACCAAGACAGCAGCCUCAGAUUUCGUUGAAGCCGCUUUAGCCAUGAUAGAGAGCCAGACGAAGAUUCUGGUACUCUCUGUAUUUGUGAUAGCACUACUUGGUUGUCGCACUAGUUUUAACAACGCCUGGAUGUGAUCACAGGCCAUUUCUUAAUUUUAAGGCUACCAAGCGAGCAUCCUCAACAUCAUCCCUGCCUCAUUUUCAAGAGGGAAAUGGAUCCAGGGAUGGUCUCAGGGAUGCACGUUGGUAGCUCUAAUAAUUAAUUCUGGAGAGGUUUACUCAUCACUGAGUCUACGUCAACAUAGGUGAUCUAGUACAGGGAAAGUUUAACGAUAUGUCUGCUCAAGGGAGAAAGAUCCGCACAUACAUUCGUACAUUUUUGCCCUCUGCCUAUCCACACAAUUCGACAGAAGAAGCUCACCCUAUCGAUCCAAACAAGAAAGCUGAAAAGAUCAAUAUUUAUGGCUGUAUUCACAUGAUGAGACAAAGAGAUACCAAAGGAAUUCCUCGUUUCGCUAGACUUUCUCGGAAGUUGAUGGCGGUGAACCUCUCAAAACAGUCUCUGACUCUUUCUUAAAUGUCGUUUUCCCAGGAAAAUUUAAAAUCUUCAUCUGCAUUCCUGUGCUAUAUUGAAGAUUUACUUCCGAUCUGAACUCGACUGAUUCCUCGAUAGAAGAGGUAAAGAUCAGACGUCUUCAAGAGGACAAUGUACUUACCAAUACCACAACAACUCAAAUUUGAAGAUCCCGACAUCCACCUCCGCCUUUUCAAAAGGGCCAACAGCCUAGCGUCGUGGUGUCUAGCAAGUUCUUCGUGAUGUGUAGUCCAACUACGCACGUGCACGUACGUUCUUAUGUACACGUACUACGUUGUGGACGCUCACAAGAUUGAUAAGGUAGCAGGCGCAUACUUCAAUGUGCUGUAGUUCAGCAUGAUGAGCAUUUUUCAAAACUUCUUCUCAUUUCUGAAGAAGAUUGAGCGAAACACAAUAUUGUCAUCUUUGCCCUGAUACUGUCUGGUGAAUGAUUACAGGUGAAUGAUUACAAGAGGUCGAAUCGUGAUCGAAAGAUGUUACAUUUUCGUGCUUCUCAAUGCUCCGAAGAUGAAUCUUCAUUCCAAACCUAACUUGUUCUCAAUCCAACCAAACCUACCGUCUGCUCUUCACCACGCUGCAGGAAUCGUGGGAGCCACGCGCUUUGGUAUCGCUCCUCCAUUCGACGGCAAGACUCGGCUUCGGUGCGCGGGCAGCGAUACUGCUCUCUCCGUCUCUGCAAAAUCGCGUACACGAUGAUCGAGAACUGAGCCUUGCAAUUCAUGUGCUUGGCAAGGGGAUGAGAGACGUUGACACGCAGAUUUUGAAGACAAAUAGAGCUUCUGGCGCAGAGGGCGACCAUCAAGGAGAUCAUCUCUCGUCAGAGAAGAUCAUGCUUCGCGACUUGGGUGUGUGCCUCCUGAACCGGUUCACUAUGCUGCUGCGCAAGACUUCGUCCGAAGAUGAGGCUUCAUCCUGCCCCAAAACGGCGCCCCUCCUGGUCUCACAGACGACUAUUGGAACAACUAUGUCGUCACCGAGGACUAUCUCUCCAAGAGACUGGGCUAACGCCGCUGAUGCAAUUUACUCUGGGGGACCAAUUUACUCUGGGGGACCGGUGUUUGAUAGUUGUAAAGCAGUAGGGGAGGUGGAUGAAGCACUGAAAAAUUUCAUGCGCGAGAGCUGUAAAGCUUUUUGCUGUAGGUCUACGACUGGGACAUGGGGACAGCCGUGGACUCCGGAGGAUGUAAUAGCUGCCGCAGUAGCCAUAGGAAGAUACGAGAACCGGUUUGCUGAUAUGGAAAAGCGUGAUGGAGGGAGUUCAAAAGACCGCGAAGGAGAUUCAAAAGGACGAGUUUCUAUACUAGACCGAGAAAGAGAUCCGACAAAAGAACGCCUCAAAUUAUUCGAACACGUGGUUGUGGAUUACUUUAGUAAAGCUUCUGAGGGAGGACAGGGACGUCUAAAAGAUCUUUCCCCCCAACAGAUUGCGGAUAUAAUUGUCGCUGCUGGCAAGCUGAGAACGAAAUCAACGAAAUUGACGGAAUUUGUGUUGUGUACGCUCGGAUUAGAGUUGAGGGGAAGAGUGAAUGAACCUCAAUUCUCUCCUCCACGCAACAGCACCUUAAAGAUUAGUGUACUGGUUAAUGUUUUAAAUGCUUUAACGAAAUUUCGGAUAGAAAUUGGGCUAGAGCUUUGUUCUGAAAACGGUAGUAAGAAACCUAUGCUACUAUCACGCAGUCAGCUAGUCGAUACGAUUUUAGAGCAUCUGACUUUCAUUGAUAACAGAAGUAAGAAAGAACAUAAGAAAAUAGAGAACCAAUUCUUGUCGGAAAGAGACCGCAAAACAGUUUGCAUUGCGUGUAAGCGGUUACGAGUUCCUCGGGAACGCUAUGCCUCUUUCAACAUUGUUUGACAACUACAAUAAAUAAGUCCUGGAUUCUACCGAAACGACGAAACGAAGAAAGUG